CUACCCAGAGUUUGUAAUUGUUUUAGUUUUUCAAUGUCUCAGAGUAUGGGUUCCAUUUCUUGGCUCUGCCCAUCAAUCAGGCCUCAUAGUUUACAAGUAGUAGCUCGCCAUUAUUUCUUGAAAUUCCCUUCUAAUUCUUUUUUGCUUUCUUUCUCUAGAAAUAGAAACAAUAAUCCACUUGCCCAUAAACUAACAUUACCAUUAUCAUCAUCCUUAUCUCAUUCUAUGGCUAACCCAUUUCAAGUCUCUGCUUCUUCUACAAUGGGUGCAGCCGAUGAGGAAUUGGAUACUAAGUCUUCCAGUAUUGUUGGAGAACAUGAUCUUUUGAUUGUUGGUCCUGGUGUUCUUGGUCGUUUGGUAGCUGAAAAAUGGCGCCAGGAACAUCCAAGUUGUCAAGUUUAUGGGCAAACUAUGACUACAGAUCACCACGACGAGUUGGUUAAAAUGGGGAUUAAUCCAUCUUUGAAGGAAACCAAACCAGCUCAUCAGUUUCCUUAUGUUAUUUUUUGUGCUCCUCCCUCCCGAACAUCUGAUUAUCCUGGCGAUGUCAGGGAAGCUACUUUGAGCUGGAAUGGUGAGGGUUGUUUCUUAUUUACAUCAAGCUCUGCACCAUAUGAUUGCAAUGACAAUGGACAAUGUGAUGAGGAUACUCCAGUAGUUCCAAUUGGGAGAAGCCCCAGGACGGAUGUGCUACUAAAAGCAGAAAAAGUAGUUGUAGAGAGUGGCGGUUCUGUUCUUAGAUUGGCAGGGCUCUAUAAAGCAGAUAGAGGUGCACAUACGUACUGGUUGGAGAAGGGCAUAGUUGAUAUUCGUCCAGAUCACGUCUUGAAUCUUAUACACUACGAGGAUGCAGCUUCACUCUCUGUUGCAAUCUUAAAGAAGAAUUUCCAUGGCCGUAUAUUCUUAGGUUGUGACAACCAUCCCGUAUCUAGGCAAGAAGUUAUGGAUUUGGUUGCUAAAAGUGGGAAAUUCAGUAAAAAGUUUGAGGCCUUUACAGGAACCAAUGAUCCAUUGGGCAAAAGAUUGAACAACUCGAAAACUAGAGCAGAUGUAGGAUGGGAGCCGAAAUACCCUAGCUUUGCUCAUUUUCUUGGAGUAUCGGACUAACUCGCACUAUUGAACUCUUUUGUAUGCCUUCAUCUACAUAGUGAAAUACUAAAUUUUAUCGGUCCUAAUUCCUAUACUUAAAAAUUAUCUUCAGUUUCA